AUUUUCUAUCUCACGCUGUAGGACCCCGCAGAUCACAGACACAUUAGCUGCUUCCUCCUGGAGUCUGCAGUAAACCAGAGAUGAAAAAACAAGACAGUGAUGAGUCUGCCGUCCAGGAGGUUGAGGAUUCUCCCCCCACAGCGGCAGGGACAGAGUCACCCACGGCUGCAAAAGACAGCUCAGAGAGCAACAGCCCCAAAGAGUCGGAACCACAGACGCCACAGACAGACACACCUCCACAGACAGACACGCCUACACAAGUUGAAGAGGCUGCAAGUGAAGUUGCAGAAGCAACACUGUCUCGGAGCGACAUGGCCGAGCAGCUGAGCCGGCAGCUAGAAGACAUCCUCACUACCUACUGCAGAGAGGCCAGCACUCUACCUAAUGGCCAAUCACACAGUCCAGAGCUCAACGGUCUGACUGGCGAGAAGGAAGGCGACAAGGCAGAGAAGGGCAAAGUCAAUGGAGGUCACAGUGGGACGGAGAAGGAGCCGAAGAAGACACAGGACAAGAAGAAAGUGAAGGGUCUGGGUAAAGAGAUCACCCUCCUGAUGCAGACCCUGAACACACUGAGCACACCCGAGGAAAAGCUUACAGGCCUCUGUAAGAAGUACGCGGAGCUGCUGGAAGAGCACCGCAACACCCAGAAACAGAUGAGAGUGCUGCAGAAGAAGCAGAACCAGGUGGUCCAGGACAAAGACAACCUGAGGACCGAACACAGCAAGGCCAUCCUGGCUCGCAGCAAACUGGAGAGUCUGUGCAGGGAGCUGCAGAGACACAACCGCACACUAAAGGAGGAAGGGGUGCAAAGAACGCGCGUGGAAGAGGAGAAAAGGAAGGAGGUGACCUCUCACUUCCAGGUGACGCUGAACGACAUCCAGUCUCAGAUGGAGCAGCACAACGAAAGAAAUGCCAGCCUGCGACAGGAGAACACUGAGCUCGCUGAGAAACUGAAGAAGCUGUAUGACCAGUACAAACUGCGGGAGGAGCACAUAGACAAAGUGGUGAGGCACAAAGACCUGCAGCAGCAGCUGGUGGACGCCAAACUACACCAGGCUCAGGAGCUGCUGAAGGAGUCAGAGGAACGCCACGACAGAGAGAAAGACUUUCUGUUGAAAGAAGCCGUGGAGUCUCAGAGGAUGUGUGAGCUGAUGAAGCAGCAGGAAGUUCACCUCAAACAGCAGCUGUCCCUGUACACGGAGAAGUUUGAAGAGUUCCAGACAACUUUGUCCAAGAGCAACGAGGUCUUCACCACGUUCAAACAGGAGAUGGAGAAGAUGACUAAAAAGAUCAAGAAGCUGGAGAAGGAGACGGCCAUGUAUCGCUCCAGGUGGGAGAGCAGCAACAAGGCUCUUGUGGAGAUGUCAGAGGAGAAAUCUUCGCGGGACCGGGAGUUCGAUGCCCUUCAGGGUAAAGUCCAGCGGCUGGAGAAGCUGAGGCGGGCACUCAAAGUCGAACGGAACGACCUCAACAAGAAGGUCCAGAACCUGAGCAGUCAGCAAGAGGGCCCAGCAGGAACCCCCCCCUCUGACCCAGGGACCGACUCCCCUUCUCCACCACCCACAGACUCUCUGCUGGAGCCCAGCGCCUGUCCUGUCCCAGAAGCCGCCCCCUGCUCCCACUUAUGCCAUUGUGAUCCAGAACUGGACACACACCCGCUACCGGAGGAGGCGAACGCUCAGCCGGUCAGCACGCAGGAAUGAGGCAAAGCUGCUCACACGCUUCCUCGCUCCCCCUUCCCUGUAACAAGCCACCAGCCUGCAAGCCGAUACUCCUCCUCUGAAAGAAACUGAUCAAAUCUGGUCCGUGGGCCAGUGAUCAGAAACCUGCAGCUUAAUGUAAUUUAGGCAGAAAAUCUGAUCAACAUUUAAAAGAAGGAUUCACACGUCAUCGCCCUGUGUCCUGUUCAGGCUUUACAGAGUGAUGAGAAGAUUGUGCCUCAUCUGUCAGCACAUUUACAUGCACAUUACAAAUCAGCGACUGUGAAUAGCUCGACUCAGAUAAUAGUGUCAUUGGAGCAAUUUCAUGCUUUGCAAAAAGUCCAUUUCCCAUUAUGAGAUUUCUAAUGGUUCAAUCAUUAUUCAGGUUAAUUUCCUAUCUCUAAUCAAGGACGUGUUCUUUCAGUUUGAGAGUAGGACUUAUUAAUUUCAUAUUUACAUGUCUAUUUGGGUUUUAUUGUUGCUACAAACACUGUUCCGGUAACGGAAAAACUUAAAGAAUGAAGGUGGUGUUUUUCUUCAAGCGCAACAAUGCGACCCAUAGAGGGCAGGAGUGCCUGAGCCCAGUUAAAGGAAACAUCUUAGCAACCAAAUGUCUACCCAACAAAUUUUUACAUAUGAUGGAUACAUAUCAGUCAUUUAGGAAAUUCUGCUCUAUUAUACUCGUCGCACUUUGACCUUUAUCUUUUAAGACCACCCUUCACAGGAUAGAUUAUUGGUAUGUGUGUAAAUGAACUGACUCCUCUGCGUUGUGCUGUUUUACGACACAUUCCCUUUUUGACUCACAUCACACAUUGAACUGCUUCACAAGAUUAAUAACAGUGCUGCUUCGGAUGACGCAAGCCUUACGGGUUCACAGCAAGAAUGAAAUUAUGUGUCAGUGUCCCUGUGCGUGUGUGUCCAUUCAGCGUGUCUCAUUUGCAUCAUGAGUGAUAUUUCCUUGAACUAUCAACUAAAGUAAUUUAGAGUAACAAAUAAUGUCUGUACGGCGCUUAAAAACUUUUGAGUUUUCAUUUCUUGCUGGUAAACCAUUUUAGGGAACAGUUCUUUUGUGUUUUUUCUGUUUUUGUCACACUGCUCCAUUUACGGUGUUUGAUUUUUGUGGUCUGUAUUUAUUGUUUCAAGCAUAAUAAGAUAUUGAAAUGUAUGUUAUUCUUACAGAGCACCAUUGUAAAAUAGAAAUUGGUUUAUUUUCUAUUCAUUUAGACAAGUUUAUAAAAACUGCCUUUUGUUUUCAAUGUUUCAUUCCAAACCUUUCCGGGUUCAUUUACCCUCUAUUUAGUUUGAGAUGUUUUUUUCACUCUUAAAGACCUUGUAAACACGACCACUACAGACUUGUCUUUAUGUGUUUGUGGGUGGUUGGGUGGGUAAUGUGGCUCCGUGGCUAAGAUUGUCUCCUCCCAGCCCCGGUAAUUGCAGUAGCUUGUUAUCAGGUUUUAACCAGUGAAUGUUCAAGGACCUCUAUGCAAUGAUUGCCUUUUGGUUUUGUUCUAUGGCAGUUUGAACUGACGAGCACUUAGCUACGAAUGUAUAUUCAUGAUUUCCACUGUCCUGCAUGGAUGUACUGUAUAAACAGACAACAGAAUCGUACACUAUCUUUAAUUUCGAAGCCGGGAAUAAGGAGGAAAGAAUUUCUGAAUUAUAGUUUUCACUCUCAAACUUUUCCAAUUGUCCUCGUGUAAUAUUUAACAUGUAGCGUUGAUAACAAAGUGAUCACUGAUAGAAUGUGUCAUUUUCCAUUGAAAUAGAAACAACAAACCUUAUUUCCUCACCAUCCCAUUGGAUUAUCAUUGUAUCUCCAGUCCUGUGCUGGAGAUGAAGGCUCAUUGAACAUGUGAAGGAACCAAAGAUGCUUCCUCUUUUUGUCUUUUGCAGUACUUUAAUCUGGCUGUGUAUAUUUUGUCCCUUGUUAAAUAAAAGAAUUAACAGUGUA